CCCUAAUCUGUCCAGGUCUGCAGCCUCUUUCAGAUUAAAGUAUUAACUUGGUAAUCGUAAAAAUUUAAAACAUUUCAAACACUUUUAUUUAUCACAAUAAUAUUUUUCAUAAUAUAAACAGUACGGAGUUUUCAAUAUUGCGGAAGCUUAACAAUCAUAAUCACAAACAUAAUUUAUUUAUGUUCUUUAAUUCAAAACCAUCACAUCCAUUCCGACAAUCUCGCCUCCAUCUGCCUCCAGGAUCAAGAGCUGCAGCCUACAGGGGUUUCGGCCUUAGCUUUGGCCGGAGCCAACAACUAAUAAUCUAAGCCACCGCACAUUCUUUUCCACUCUCUGUCUCGUUCCCUGCAGCCUGCACCAUCCAACGACCUCCAUUUCGCCUGCAACAUUCCGGAAACCCCUCUCUCAAUGCGCCGAUUCGACUCCGCAUAACUAUCCGAUCCUCGCACCGAACGGAGCGGAUUGUUCGACCGGCCGAUUGACGGAUUGGCUAGUGGAUAUGGCGCUAUCGACGGCCGACUUGCCGGCGAUGUACUCGCUGCUAUCUAACUCACUGUGCUCCGACCAGAGCAUCCGGAGUCCUGCCGAGGAUACUCUCGCUCAAUGUGAGAGCCGCCCCGGUUUUUGCUCCUGUCUUAUGGAAGUCAUCACGGCCAAGGAUUUAGCAUCUCAAGGAGAUGUUCGAUUAUUGGCAUCUGUCUACUUCAAGAACAGCAUCAACAAAUAUUGGAGGAACAAGCGUGACUCAAUGGGAAUUAGCAGUGAAGAAAAGUCUCAUUUAAGACAAAAACUUUUAGGACACUUGAGAGAAGAGAAUUACCAGGUUUCCCUCACUUUAUCUGUGAUAUUCUCAAAGAUUGCUCGUAUUGACUAUCCCAAAGAAUGGCCCGAGCUUUUUUCCAGUUUGGCCCACCAGCUUCAAUCAGCUGAUAUUCUAGCUACCCACAGAAUUUUCAUGAUUCUUUUCCGUACUCUGAAGGAGUUGUCCACAAAACCUCUUCUCUCAGACCAAAGAAACUUUGCUGAGAUAUCAAGACAACUCUUUGAAUUCUGCUGGCAUCUUUGGCAGGCUGAUGUUCCAACUAUACUGCAUGGUUUCUCAGCCCUUGCCCAAAGCUUCAGAGCGAACACAUCUGAACUAUGUCAUGAUGAUCUUUACUUAACUUGUCAGAGAUGGUUUUUGUGUUCCAAGAUAGUUCGUCAGUUGAUAAUUUCUGGAUUUCCAAGUGAUGCAAAGACCCUACAGGAGGUCAAUCAUAUCAAAGAGGUUUCUCCUGUGAUGUUGAAUGCCAUCCAGUCAUUUCUUCCAUUUUCAGAUUCCUCUCUCCAAGAGCAACAUCCCAAAUUCUGGAACUUUGUAAAACAGGCAUGCACUAAGUUGAUGAAAAUCUUAGUUGCAGUGCAGCAGCGUCAUCCUUAUUCAUUCGGAGAUAAAUGCGUCCUGCAACUUGUUGUGGACUGCUGUGUCAACAAGAUUGUAGAUCCAGACCAACACUUGAUGUCUUUCGACCAAUUCUUGAUUCAGUGUAUGAUAAUGUUGAAAACUGUUUUGGCCUGUAAUGAGUACAAGGCACCCUUAACUGGGCGUGUGGUGGAUGACAAUGGACUUACCUUUGAGCAGAUGAAAAAAAAUAUGUCUAGUUCUAGGGCUGAGCUCCUUGCUUCUCUUUUUCCUCGUGACAGGGUGAUUCUACUAUGCAAUAUCCUCAUCAGGAGGUACUUCGUUCUCACAGCAAGUGAUUUGGCAGAGUGGUACCAGAAUCCUGAGUUAUUUCAUCAUGAGCAGGAUUCAGUUCUAUGGUCAGAAAAACUACGGCCAUGUGCUGAAGCACUGUAUAUCAUUUUAUUUGAAACUCAUAAUGAGUUGUUAGGACCUGUCGUGCUCUCUAUAUUGCAAGAAGCUAUGCAUGGCUGUCCCUUUUCAGUAAAUGAAAUUUCACCACCAUUCCUACUUAAGGAUGCAGCUUAUGGUGCUGCUGCAUACGUUUAUUAUGAACUUUCAAAUCAUCUGAGCUUUAAAGACUGGUUUAAUGGCGCAUUAUCUAUAGAGCUCUCAAAUCAUCACCCAAAUAUGCGGAUCAUACACAGAAAAGUUGCAUUAAUCCUUGGACAAUGGGUUUCAGAAAUUAAAGAUGAUACUAGGCGGGCUGUGUACUGUGCUCUGAUCAAUUUGCUUCAGGGUGGAGAUUUAUGUGUCAGGCUGGCAGCAUGUCGUUCGUUGUAUUUUCAUAUUGAAGAUGCAAACUUCAAUGAGUCUGAGUUUUCAGACCUUCUUCCUAUUUGUUGGGAUCUAUGCUUCAAAUUGGUAGAGGAAGUUCAAGAGUUUGACUCCAAGGUUCAAGUUUUGAAUACAAUUUCUGCUCUUAUAGCUCACAUUACUGAAGUUCUUCCAUUUGCAAACAAGUUGGUGGUGUUCUUCCAGAAGGCAUGGGAGGAAUCUUCUGGUGAAAGCCUUUUGCAGAUUCAGCUUCUUACUGCACUAAAAAAUUUUGUUUUAGCUCUUGGUUAUCAGUCACCCAUCUGUUACAACAUACUGCUCCCCAUUUUACAAAGUGUAAUUAAUGUAAAUAGGCCAGAUGAGCUACUUGAAGAUGCCAUGCAGUUAUGGGAAGCCACACUCAUUAAUGCCCCAUCAAUGGUAUCAGAACUACUGGGAUGUUUCCCAUGUCUGGUAAAAAUUCUGGAAAGAAGUUUUGAUCACCUGAAGGUUGCUGCCAGUAUUAUUGAGGACUAUGUAAUUUUGGGUGGAAGGGAGUUUGUCAGUAUGCAUGCUUCUAGUGUCACCGAGUUUCUUAAUCUGGUGGUUGGAAAUGUCAAUGAACGUGGGCUGCUAUCAGUUCUUCCCGUGAUUGAUAUUCUAGUUCAGUGUUUUCCAGGGGAAGUGCCACAACUAAUGAGCAUAAGUGUACAAAAAUUAAUUGUUGUAUGCUUGACGCGAGAAGAUGACCGUGAUCCUUUAAAGACAAUAGCAAAAGUGUCUGCUGCAGCUUUGCUGGCACGGAUUUUUGUCAUGAAUACAAGUUAUCUUGCACAGUUAACAUCUGAGCCUUUGCUAUCAGCAAAUCUUCAGAAAGCUGGUUUCCCUUCUGAAGAAAACAUACUUCUUUGCCUGGUUGACAUGUGGCUUGAUAAGGUUGAUAAUGUUACAUUUAAGCAGAAUAAGGUGAUCGGUUUGGCUCUUUCCAUAGUUUUGACUUUAAGGCAUCCUCAAGUACUGGAUAGGCUUGAACAGAUUCUAAGUGUAUGCACUAGUAUAAUACUAGCCAAGGGAGAAGAGCAACUAACUGAAGAAGAGUCCAGCUGUAGCAGGCCUAAUUUUCCAAGUAAAGAGUUGAGGAGGAGACAGGUUAAAUUCUCUGACCCCAUCAGGCAGAUUUCUCUAGAGAAUUCAGUGAGAGAAAAUCUUCAGACAUGUUCAGCAGUUCAUGGAGAGUCUUUCAAUGCAGCCAUUGGUAAAAUGCAUCCAUCACUCUUGGCCCAAGUAAAGCUAGCAUUGAAGAUGCCGUAGGUGGUGAUUUCUUGAUGGGCAUUCUUGUUUAAGGUUCAACAGCUUUCCCGUGAUCCCAUUGGAGGGGUGAAGAAGAAUGGUGAAGGUGGCAUACUGUUGUCGCGGCAUACAGAAUAUGUUGGGGGGUUUUUCUGGUGUCAGUUUUCGGAGAGCAGUUUUAUUAGUCUUUUAAUUCCAUUUCUCUCCCCGCCGCCGCUUACAAAUGCGGGGACUGUUAUGUUGUAAAUAACGGUUCUUCUGUGUCAUGGUUGGUUUUUGAGGCAUAAGGAUCACAAUGCACUGCCAGCUGAAUAACUAGCUGAUGAUGAGUGAUACACAGUUAAGUUAAUUUAUGGUUUGUUAUAGAUAUAUAUAAUUUGGGCGUUUGAUUUAGGGUUGCUGUGCCUUUUGAUUUGUGACCCAUCUCAGGAGAAUGUGUACACAUUUGAGUUUGACUAUAUUAUUAUUUAAAUGAAGAAAUGAAUACUGUCCCAUGUC